AUUUUACUCUUUGUUAUAUUCAAAUGUUUGGAUACGACAUGCCAUAUUCAAAUAGUACAGGGGCUUAGAGAAAAGAAGAACCAAAUUCACAGGAUUGUUUUCAUUCGAUUUUCAGUCACUCCAAAUCUGAGAUCCCCGAUAGAAGAAGUAAACAUGAAUCCGGAUUCAGUGAAAUCGACUCUGCAAACUUUAGCAUAUGGAAAUGUUAUGGCUGCAGCUGCUCGUGAUUAUCAGAAGGAAUUAUUAGCUCAAGAAAAAGCACAAGCAUCGUCCUCGAUUAAUGAGGAAGUUGAUCUAGAUGAGUUGAUGGAUGACCCCGAGCUGGAAAAGUUACACGCGGAUAGGAUUGCAGCUCUUAAGAGAGAAGCUGAGAAGAGACAAUCUUUGACUAAAAAAGGACACGGGGAGUACAGAGAGAUAACCGAAGGAGACUUUUUGGGUGAAGUCACCAAUAGCGAAAAGGUGAUUUGUCACUUCUAUCAUCGCGAGUUCUAUCGCUGCAAGAUAAUGGACAAGCAUUUAAAGGCUCUUGCACCAAACCAUCUAGAUGCCAAGUUUAUAAAAAUAGACGCAGAGAAUUCCCCAUUCUUUGUCACCAAACUAGGAAUCAAAACACUGCCAUGUGUCAUAUUAUUCAGAAAAGGAAUUGCAGGAGAUAGGCUCGUCGGGUUUCAAGAUCUUGGAGGAAAAGACGAUUUUUCCACCGGGAGGCUAGAAGCUUUGUUGAUAAAGAAAGGUAUAAUUGAUGAGAAGAAAAAGGAAGAUGAUGAAGAAGCUGAAUAUGAUGAAAGUAGACGCAGGACGGUUCGGUUUUCUGCAAGUCAGGAUUCAGACUCUGAAUGAAAAAGACUGCCUUUAUGUGUCUUGAGUUGAUGAUUAUAUUGUGUAAUUUGUCAAGAUUUUUUUGUUUCCUGGAUUUAUGGUUGUAAGCGUCGUUUGUACUUUGUUUUAAUUAGUUAUAAGUUUAGAUUUUGGAAUCAAAUAUAAACUCAUUCUACAGAGCUGAACAAACAUGAUAUGUAUUUCAUCAGUGAUCUUGAUAUAGGUUCUUGUUC